GGCGGUUUACCAGGUGUGCCAGGUACUCCGGGUGUUCCGGGAGUACCGGGGAAUCCAGGUUGCGGCGGUGUUCCAGGCGUACCAGGUAUUCCAGGUGAUCCUGGGGUGCCAGGCGUUCCGGGAUAUCCCGGAUGCCCCGGUUGUGGUGGACUACCGGGUACGCCUGGCGUUCCAGGCGUACCAGGGGUUCCAGGGUAUCCAGGUUGGGGCGGUUUUCCAGGCGUUCCAGGUGUUCCAGGUGAUCCUGGGAUGCCAGGCGUUUCGGGAUAUCCUGGGUAUCCAGGUUGUGGUGGACUACCAGGUGUGCCAGGUGUUCCAGGCGUUCCGGGUGUACCCGGGUAUCCAGGUUGAGGCGGUUUUCCAGGCGUGCCCGGUGUGCCAGGCGUACCGGGGGUACCAGGGUAUCCAGGUUGAGGCGGUUUUCCAGGUGUACCAGGUGUGCCAGGUGAUCCUGGUGUGCCAGGCGUUCCGGGGUGUCCUGGGUAUCCAGGUUGUGGUGGAGUGCCAGGUGUGCCAGGCGUACCGGGUGUACCAGGGUAUCCAGGUUGGGGCGGUUUUCC